AUGCAGUCUGAAUGUGAUUUUUUACUACUGUGCUUCACAACAAACCAAGCUGCUCUGACUGUGAGUCCCAGGAGAGCUCAGUUCUUUAAAGAGGACUCUGUGUCUCUGAGCUGUGAGGAGAACAACAGCUCUGCUGGAUGGACUGUAUGGAGGAACACAACCAAAAGAACAAGUACUCAGUGUGGAGAUGGAUGGGGGAAACCAGCUGGUUCUACCUGUAAGAUCAGUGUGACGUUCCCCUGGGACUCUGGAGUUUACUGGUGUUGGUCCAGAGAGGGAGCAGCCAGCAGCAGCAUCCAGCUCACUGUCACUGGUGGAUCAGUGAUCCUGCAGAGUCCUGUCCUCCCUGUGAUGGAGGGAGAUGACGUCACUCUGAGCUGUCUAACAAAGACCACUCCCUCCAACCUCCCAGCUGCUUUCUAUAAAGAUGGCUCCCUCAUCAGGACUGAGCCCAAAGGUCACAUGACCCUCCACCAUGUGACCAGCUCUGAUGAAGGCCUCUACAGGUGUAACAUCAGGGGUCAUGGAGAGUCUCCAUCCAGCUGGAUCUCUGUUGAAGAGAAAUCCAUCCCAUCCUCUCCAUCCAGCUGGACCUCAGCGACAGAAACAUCAAACCGUCCUGGUUCCUCUCCAGGCUCCGUGUUUCCAUUCGUCCUCUUGUCUGUUGUGUUUGUCAGUAUUGUGGUUUUGCUGAUCUUGUUGGGUUUACUGCUGAGAGGACACAUUAACAGGAAGCAUAGAGGUGAUAAAGAGGAAGCUGCAGAGGACGGUGUCACGUACAGUGACUUCAGAAUAUUAGACCCUAAACAACGGAGGAAAGAACCAAAAAAUGACCGUGAUCUAGAAGCUGUUUAUGCAGCAGUGAGAACAGAGGAUAUUCAUUACGGACAGAUCAGCAUCAAACAGCAGGAAAACAACCAAAGAAGAAGAGAGUUAAAAGAACCAGAGGUCUUCUACUCAUCUCUUAGAUAGUCCACUGGUUCAACUGCUGGCGUCCUGCUGCUGGUUACCAUCCAGCAAACACCUCC